AUGUUGACUUCGCGUGUCCCCGUGCUCGACUGGAGUCUGGUUCACUAUGACGUACGCUCGAUCACGUUGAUGCGGCCAUCCCAUUCGCCUCGACAGUGCUCCACAGCAUCGGCGGGAUCGGUGGCUUUGCUCAUGUUCCAGGUGGAUCGACAAGUCUACGCAGAGCUGCAGCGUGUGGCACCUGGGAAUCCAGUCUCUGCCUAUGCGUUAGUCUCCUGGUCAGCCUUUGACAAUGCGCUCGAGGCCUCUGGCGGUACUGCUAGUGUCGAAGCCUACGAAGUUCAGUACGCAGUGUCUGGGUCAGGCGUCUGGCAGUCGCUGGGGGAUUCACUGACCGGAUUUCGCGUCGACUUGGGUGCUCAAGCCACGGAACACGUGCCCAAGCAGCGUAUUUUCACUCGUGCAGACGAUGGCGAGUCCAUCAACGAUGGGUAUUUCAGACUUGGCUUGUCGUAUGAAGGCUCCAGUCCGAGUAUCCUGGGCGGACGAGCUACUGCUGGUGUGGUGACGCCUCCGAUCGCUUUCGACGCCAGUGCAGACGCCAUGAAGACAGCGAUCGAGUCUCUGGAGCAGGUCACACAGGUGCAGGUGGAGAGGAAUGCGCUGGACGCUGAUGGAGCGUUCGAGUGGAUCAUUCUCUUUGAUCUCGUGGCGUACGACGGCGAAGAUCCGCUGCCGUUGCUGUCGCUGUAUACAGAGACGGUGUCAGCUCAGUGGACUGGAGACGGAGACCAAGUAGCUGUUCAGUAUCUGCGCAUGGCUCCGAGUUCUCCUGGUCGACAUCGACGUAUUUGCUCGGAUGAAUGCAGCUACCAAGUCACGGGACUGCAGACUGGUCGAGCCUUCAGCUUCCGUGUUCGAGCGCAGUAUUCGUACGCUAUUGGCUGGAGUUCAUGGAGUGCAAGUAGUGAACCACUGGAGAUCCCAGCGACGCCAGUACCGCGAGCUCCUUCAACCCCCGAGCUACUAGCGGCAACGACUUCUCAUGUCACGAUCUCGUGGCGUAUGCGUCGAGAACUCACGCAGGAAAAUGGCAUCUUCGCUAGGGAAUUCUUCCCCGUCACCAGCUUCCAGGCUCAGCAACAAUGCGACAGUGAGAUCGGCUGGACUACGAUCAGUGAGCGUAUACCGCCGGGGUUUAGUGGCAACAGUGACACCUUUGUAACUGUUGUUGCGUCCUUGGAUCGUCCGCCAGGUUCCACCUGCGAGUUUCGAGUUGCUGCGACGAAUGCCAACGGCCAAGGACCUUUCAGUUUGCCUUCAGCCAAAUUCACAACGUUGCAAACAGCUCCGGGUGCUGUGGCGAACUUACGGGUAGCUCGAGACCCGCUUACUGUGGUCUGGAACACACCUGAGGUGCUGGGCGGUCAUGCACCGGAAGAGCUAACCUACGAUGUGGAAUACCGCACAACUCUUGGCUCGACGUGGACGCGAUUGCCAGCUGAGCUGGUGGACUGCAGCAGUCGACUCGCCAACAUCUCAAUGACGUCGCUGAAAGGAUACACCACGUACGUCACGCGCGUCAGAGCGGUAGCUGAACGGCAAGCUGGUAGCUUCUCCCAGUCCGCAGAGUUCCUGGCAGAUUACACGGUUGAAGACGACUCGAACAGCGACAACGUCAAGGAUUUAACCCUUGGAACACGCCAAGUGGUGAUUGCUGCAGCUCGUCAGCAAUGCGCUAACACACAGGACUGGUACUACGUCCAGUUGACUGGGAACGGCGGCAGUGGCGGCUCUACCAGUGGCGAUGAAGCCAAACCUGGCGAGCACGGAGCUGUUCUUGUCUUUCCAGUCACGUGGUCGGGCGAAAGACCGGCGGAACAUUCUUUUUUCUACACGGGAAGUGUCCAGACCUAUCGAGUUCCAAUUGACCAGUCUGCUCCUCAUCUUGCGCAUCGAAUUGUUGCUCUUGAUGUCUACGCCUGGGGCGCUGGGGGAGCUGGUGCGAGGUCGUCAAACGGAGCUUCAAGCGACUUGAGUAACGGCGGAGGAGGCGCCUUUGCACGUGGAGUUUUCCGUGUCAGUGCCGGUGAUGCUGUGGACAUUUUGGUUGGCGGUGGAGGCCUUCAAGACGGUCGGGGUGGGUUCAACGGCGGUGGAAACGGCGGCACAGGCGAUUUCCCAGGCGGCGGGGGCGGUGGCGCGUCUGAAGUGCGCGUGAAUGGACGAACAGCCGUCGUAGCUGCUGGAGGUGGCGGUGCGGGCUCGACGGAUUACUGUUGUGCCCAUGGAGGAGGCGGCGGUGGCUUGGAUGAAGCAGAGUCUGGUCUUGCACCGGAUGCAACAUCCGGUGCAGCGAUCCCACUCGACUCACGUGUGACUGGACAAGCAGCUAGAGACGAAUAUCAUUCCUCGAAUGUACCGGGAGACACGAGAGACUUCGAGGGACUCCCAGCGAGACAUGGACACCUCGACUGGGGCUUUGCUGCGAGUAGUGCAGACUACUCCGUUCUAGCAACUGGAGGCACAGGCGCCACGCCAACAACGGCAGGUGUGGCGGGGACUGCAGGUUCCUAUCGCUAUUCUCUUGAAGGCACGUGUCUGUUGAACCCGCAGACAUCUCUGGUGGACGUCGCCGUGUCUCCGUUGACAGCAUCGCAUUGGCCUUCGAAUGGUCGAAAUGGAAGUGGCGGGAGUGGACAGAGUGGCAAACAAGCGGGUGGAGGCGGAGGUGGAGGGUUUUUCGGUGGCGGAGGAGGAGGCGCAGGUGUUGACGGAGCUGGAGGCGGUGGAGGCAGCAGCUUCGUCUCCUUUAGAGACCUGUUUAAUUCGUUCAAAUCUGGGAUUAGUGACGCUAGUCUGCGAGCACGAGUGAGUGACGAGAUCGUAGACAAGCUCCGAGUGACUCCACUGACAUCCUCGAGCGUCAAAGUGAGCUGGAAAGCUCCUCGUUUUGGCUUCUCCCAGCUCGUGGAAGGAUUCGUGAUCGAGAUGGCCAAUCGCUCCGUCAAUGAGGACUUUCGUCUUGUACGUUUGGUCACUCUUCCGGCCACUGACGUCACGGAGAAGAGCGGUACUCUUACCCUCCACGGUCUUACGCCGACGGCUGCGUACCGUUUCCGAGUGAAAGCUUUGCUGUUCGAUGGACGUGGCACUUUCAGUGAUGUCGUUACGCUGCGUAUGCCUACGAAGCCGAGGAAUACGUGGAGACGUUGCGUCACUCGAACUGUAGACGAGGAGAACACGAGAGCAGGAAUGCGCGUCACCAACACUCCUCCCUUGCAGCGAUUUCCGUCUGCUAGACGAGGACAUUCCCUCACAUUGCUGGACAAUUCUCUGUACCUCUUUGGAGGAAUGGCGAAGAGCUACGAGUGCAGCCGAGCACACAAAGUGCCGUGUUUAUUACAGCCGAGUCCACGAUCAGUGUCCAACGAUUUCUGGCGAUAUGAUCUGCGCACGGAGACGUGGUGGUCUGUGCCUCCGCCAGCGUUGAUACCUUCUCCAAGAGAGAAACACUCGAUGGCAGUGGUGAAUGACCGCUUGAUUCUGUUCGGAGGACGGCAGAACGACGUGUCGGACGCAAAUGACGCCUCGACGUGGGGACCUCGAGCCCUGAAUGAUUUGUGGGAGCUGUCGGUCUCCUCCAGUACAGCGAAACAGACGUCAGUGUCGCUGGAUUCUCGUCAGCCAUCGGCUUUGUCUAUUCCGGAUGGAGGACAAGUCUUUGCGCUUGGGAGGAAGAGUGGUAGUGCUGGUGGAGAGCAACUCUGCGUUGUCAACGUGUCUGUGAGUGUGCAGAUAACACACGCGUGUCCGCACACACUUGGCUUGCAGGUGUUUGGCCCCGGACCUGCAACGUUUCCAGGUCGACAGCAGAGUGCUCACUUUCCUGUUGAUUCACAAGCUCGAGAGACGACGUGGAGCGAUAGUCAAGGACUGAGGAGCCUACAAGGAGACAAGAGAGCGACUGGCACUGCGCCGAAUGCCAGAGCGUUCCCUGUGUUGCUACGUAGUCCCGACGAAGCUGCAGAUAAGAGUGAAUGCGUCCCAAGAACGGAGAAACUGCAGUUCGUGUCGACGUCUAGUCUCGAAGCGCUCUCGGUCUUCCAUCAGCUGCCUGUUGCCGGGAACUGGACGCUUGAGUUGACUGACACUGCAGCGGACGGCUUUGUCGGGACCCUGGACUCGUGGGACGUCACUUUCGACGUUGCUCCUUGCGUUCCUGCCUUCACGUGGACGAAUCUGUCGUCCAUAGCAACGGGAACGGCCCCGACCGCGCGGUUCCAGCACUCGGUUGUCGUAGUCGGGAGCAGUAUGUUCAUCUUCGGAGGCACAGCGGGAGGUACUGGCUCGGAGCUGAGCGACUUGUAUCGACUGGAUUAUACCCGCAGUGUGGCGCUCGGUGUCGCGCCAACUGCUCGAUGGACGCAACUUGCGUCUCUGACCGACAGAGAGAGCCCCAGUAUCGCUGAGAGGAGAGUUCAUGCAGGACGGGCAACGUUGCUGACUCCGUUUGAGUUGAUGGCUGUCGGGCGUGGACUCAAGUCUCCUCGACGAGCGUCUCUCGGGUCCAGGACGGCGAUGGCAGCUUCUCGCCUCGAGUCGCAACUGGACGUUCGUUUGAAGCGUCUCGAAGAUCUGAUCGACGGAUGGAGAGCUGUCGCUACUGCAUCUGGAGAGGAUGAGAGCGCUCUUGACGAACAGCGUCCUGUGCCUCGGUACUGGGCUGCUAGCGCCUUUGUUUCCUCACUGCCAGGUAGUAAGGUGCCGCGUGUAUUCCUGUUCGGCGGCCAAGAUGACACGACGCUGCUGGACGAUCUCUGGAGUCUGGAACUGGCUCAGCUAGAUGAGGAUUUCCCUCAAGAUCGUCGAAAGAGUCAACGGAUCAGAGCAUGGGCCAGUAUUGAAAGCUUCAACUUGGAGAGGAUACCCACAUUUGGCGGUGAGCAAGCUGGUACCAGCGAAUUGCGGAUGGGCUAUCCAGUGAGUUGUUAUCAAUUGAGUGGCAUGCAUCCAGUCACUCACGUGAAGGUCGUGCGCAGCUCCAACAAGUUCAAGGCCUACAAGAAGCUCGAGCCCAGCUUGUCCCGGCGGGCAUCUGGCACCGGGUCCGACUACUUGAUUGCUGUCGAGAUUCCAGACGAUAUUCAUAUUCAUGUGUCUACACUGUCCUGUCAGACCGUCACACCGACCGUCGUUGGACAUCAUUGGGUUGACCAAGGCCUAUCGAGGCUCGAGUCACCCACGCUGACAACUUGA